AUGGGGAGGGGGAGGGUGGAGCUGAAGAGGAUCGAGAAUAAGAUAAACAGGCAGGUGACGUUCGCGAAGAGGAGAAACGGGCUGAUGAAGAAGGCCUACGAGUUGUCCGUACUCUGCGACGCCGAGGUAGCGCUGAUCGUCUUCUCAAGCCGCGGCAAGCUCUACGAGUUCAGCAGCACCGCCAGGUGA